CAGCUCCUCCAUCCCCUCCCUUCGAUUCUUUCCCAAUAGUAAAGCGGGAACAGCAGGCCAGCUAAUUAAACCAAUCGCGUCAUGAUGAGAAGCUUCGCCGUGCUUUUGAUCAUGGCGCUCGCCGCCGUCGUCAUCGUGCCGCCGGUCGCCACCGUCGGCCAAGCGGGGCUUCCGGCCAGGAGGAGCCGGUUCCUGGCGGCCAACGCCCUGCCCUCCUACGAGUGCUCCAAGAAAUCGGCCUCCGUCUGCCUCGAGCCGGGGAGCCCAGGGGCGACGUGCUGCGGCGGCCAGUGCGUCGACACCGUCUCCAGCCCGUACCACUGCGGCGGCUGCAACAAGGUGUGCAAGAGCCGCCGCGGUACUUGCUGCGGCGGGCGCUGCGUCGACCUGGACUCCGACAAGGACAACUGCGGCAGGUGCGGGAACCAAUGCAGCAACAAGUGUAACUAUGGUUUCUGUGACUACGCUUAAUAAUAUACCAAGAUCUUAUUAUGAAAGCUUUGUGAAGAUCUUGU